CCAGGCAAUGUGCAACCAUAUUAUGAAAGCCUGAUCAUGGCGCUGCAAGCGACCCCAAUCCGAAGCGCUGCGCCUCAUCAGCGCCUCAUCAGCCUCCAGCCUGGUCCUCUCUUUCAUCCCCCCUUGACACUACGACCACCCUCCCAAAAGAAACUGUGCAACGGCUAAACCAAUGACCUACGCUCGCUCCUCACAACCGUGUCUGAUAGCCUCACUGAGUCCCUCACGCGUUCACUCUCUCGAGGACGAUCCUUUUCGUAUAUGGCAUUGUUCCACAACUGAAAACGGCCGUUAUGGCCCGCCCAACACACAAUGAAUAUCACAUCGGAUGGAUAUGCGCCUUGAGCGUGGAGAUGGUGGCAGCGACAGCAAUGCUGGAUGAAGACUAUGGCAUCGUCAAGGGAAAAAGUCGAGAUCAAAACACUUACCAUGCUGGACGUGUACACGAUCACAAUGUCGUUAUUGCUGGUCUCCCUGCAGGCAUUGACGGCCUUGUCGCGGCAGCACACGUGGCAAAAGAUAUGGUCAGGACAUUUGAACAUUUGAAGUUCAUCAUGUUGGUCGGUAUCGGUGGAGGAUUACCGGGCUCGGAGAAGGGCUUCGACAUCAGGCUCGGCGAUGUUGUUGUGGGCAUCCCAAGCGGCACCAGCGGUGGCGUUGUACAUUACGACAAGGGCAAGGCCACACAUGGAGGUGCUUUCGAGCUCAAGGCCGCUCCCAAUACGCCUCCAUAUGUGCUUUUGACUGCCAUCACCGCGAUACGAGCACAACCUUCAGAUCGAGAUCGACCGAUGUUAAAGUACCUUUCCGACAUGAUCCAUCGGUAUCCGUGUUAUGGUAUCCCUAGCGAGCAAAAAGAUCGCCUCUUUGACAGCAGGUACCCUCACCCCGAAGGUCAAAACAAUUGCGAGCAAUGUUUACCUCGCUAUGAAAUCAUUCGUCAAAGUCGAACUACCACCGGCCCCCAGAUCCAUUAUGGCAUCGUGGCUUCUGGAAAUAAGGUGGUGAAAGACCCCCUUUUUCGAGACAACCUCCGGGCAUCUUAUGGUGCGUUAUGUGUGGAGAUGGAAGCUGCUGGCCUUGCGAAUAUUUCCCCGUUCCUGACGGUAAGGGGAAUCUGUGACUACGCUGAUUCUCACAAAAACGACGAAUGGCAUCCGUACGCUGCUGCAACAGCGGCAGCAUGGACAAAAGAACUCCUUCUAUAUGUCACAGCAGAGGAGCUCGACCGCGAACAAACGGUUAAAGGCAUCGCAGGUUCCGAUGAAGGCGAAGUCCAGCCGCUAAGAGAGCAGCUAAAUAGCCAUGAGACGAAUUUUCAGAACACGGAAUAUCAGUCAUGCCAUCGCGCCUUCAAACUGAGUUCGUAUGAAGAGCAGAAGAAUGUCAACCCAUCACGAGCUCCUGACACGUGCCUUUGGGUUCUAAGCAAUCCCAAAUACCGACAAUGGCAGGAGAACAAGGCUGACGAUGUAUUGUGGGUAUCGGCCGAUCCAGGUUGCGGAAAAUCUGUCCUCUCGAAAUCCCUAAUCGAUCACGAAUUACAGACGACAAAGCAAAGAAUAUGUUGUUACUUCUUUUUCAAGGAGAAUCAGAAUCAGGACAAUCUGGCAUCUGCAUUUUGUGCUCUUCUGCACCAGCUAUUCACAAGCCAGCCGCACCUUCUUGCACACGCAAUACCUGCCUGGCGACGAAAUGGUGACCAGUUGACGAAGGAAGUGGAUGAACUAUGGAGGAUAUUCCUCGCGGCCACUGCAGACACCAACUCCCGCGACGUCUUCUGCGUUUUAGACGCCCUUGAUGAAUGUCGGGAUGUUGAUCGGCCACGCCUGAUCGACAAACUCGCUGUCUUCUUCGCAGAUGCACAGACAACAAAACCUCGGACCCACUCACUGAAGAUCCUGGUCACUAGUCGGCCGUAUGAUAGCAUCCAGUUAAACUUCCAGCGCAGCAUGAAUGGAUGUUGUACGUCAGUCCCGAUAAUUCGCCUUCGAGGCGAAAAUGAAAACAAUGCAAUCCGAUCCGAGAUUGACUUGGUCAUUCGCCGCCGAGUUGCUGAGAUGGCAGAAAUUGUACCCUUGUCACUAAACGCGAGUGAGCUGCUGGUUUCAAAGCUAUUGAGAAUGCAAAACCGGACGUAUCUAUGGCUCUCUCUCGUCAUUGAUGGCAUUUACGAAAACCUCAGAGAUAGCUUACAGCAUGAUGAGGACUCGAUUAACUCUAUAAUCGCAACACUCCCCGCGUCGGUGGACGACGCAUACGAGAAGAUUCUCAGCAAAGUGCGGACAAAUCAGCGCGAUAUUGUGCGAACCAUUUUCCAUAUCAUAGUUGGUGCUCAGGAGCCCCUCAGUCUCGGCGAGAUGUCUCUAGCCCUCGGUUACGCGACUUCAAAGGACGUUGACUCUUUGGACUCGGUUUUGGUCGAAAAGAUCCGUCUUCAGAAUCACAUUCGAGAAUGGUGCGGGCUAUUCGUUUUCAUUGAGCGGUCUAAGAUCUACCUUGUCCACCAGACUGCCAAGGAGUUUCUAAUCCGCCAUUCAGAGAUGGAAUGUGGUGUCUGGAAACACUCACUAAGUUCCGCAGACACUGCGAGAACCUGGACGAAGAUAUACCUCCGUGCCAUGUGUUGGCCCCCAGGAGUACUCCACCGAAGCGAAUCAGGAGACCCAGAGGUCAUGGUGGCAGCAAAGAGCUUGAAGCGCUAUGCCAAGAAAUCUUGGUACAUUCAUCUCCGAGACGCAAAGAUGAAUGGAUUUGCUCCCUUGCACGACGAACUCUGCCUUCUGUGGGAUCGACUGACUGCAGGAGCUCCCCUAGAAUUAUAUUGGGAGCUCGGUUAUGCAGCUCAUCGCACUGUUGACCUGGAGACGAUGCUGGAUUUGUUGAUUGAGGUAGUGGCCUAUUUUCCUCCUCGCAGAAACCCCUGCAGAGUGAUACUUUACUGUGCCGCUGCGGGAGGGCGCGCGGAGACUGUAAGAAAGAUACUUGAAAUUGGUGCUGGCUUGAAUUUGCCGGCCCUGGAUGAUUGGGAUAGUGCAGUACAAGUUGCAUCCGAUCGCGGUGAUGAUGAGGUCUUGCGAAUUCUCCUCUCUACUGGCACCAAAUUCAACUGCCGGAGAAAAUGUCUCGACAAUGCACUGCUGGUUGCCGCUCAAUACGGUCGCGAACAGGUCGUACGGACUCUACUCGAUGCCGGUGCGGAUGUUAACUAUCAGGGCGGGUAUUAUGGUAAUGCUCUACAGGCCGCAGCUUUUUCCGGCCACGAACAGGUCGUACGCACUCUACUCCAUACCGGUGCUAACAUCAACCACCAGGGCGGGUAUUAUGGUAAUGCACUACAGGCUGCAAUCAAGGGUUGUCAUGGGCAAGUCGUGCGAAUUCUGCUUGAGGCCGGUGCCGAUGUAUGGGCAGAGGGUCGCUGCAAAAAUGCAUUCGAAGCGGCAUCGAUGCAUCAUGGGAUGAUGGAUUUGAUGCCCCAUCCGAAUCUAUGGCCGGAGCAGGAAAGAUCACUCGUUUUCAGGCUAUGGUUUCUGAAUUACCACCAUGACGAGGCAUUCUGGUUAAGUAUCUCUUCAGACGUGGAUGAGGUCAAACAGAUUAUCAACAGCCAAGGGCCACCUUCCCUGCAAUGGCACACCGACACGCUCGCCUCAUUUAAAUUCGCAAAUUUCCCUCGUCAGUAUAUCCGCCUCGGAUUCCUGCGACGGCUCAAGGAAAAGGAGAGGAGUGCAGAGGCUCGGUCGAUGAUACCAUCUAUUCCGGGUCAGUGGGUAGAUUGAAUCCCCGUUCUGGCUCCGUCAUACUCGGUCCUCAUCGUAAUACAUGGUGUCUGUUAUAUGCCUGUCUAGAUAAUACAAAGAUGGACCAUAGACCGGUAUUUUGCACCCCGCAAAGGCAUUGCAAGCACGUCCAU